AAAUUCUCCUCUUCUUAAAACUAAAGAAAAUCAUCUUAAAAAAAUCCUUAUUUAAUCUAAAUUAUUUAAAAUUCAAUUUUAUUAAUUUACAUAUCUCUAUCAUUUUCUAAUUCUUACAAUUCUUUAAUUAUUUUUUGAUAUUUUAAUAAAUCUCUUUCUUCAUUAUGUUAAAUAAGCUUAAUUAAUUAUUCAAAGUUUUAUAUUUUUUCAUUUAAAUUUUAAUAUUUUUAAUAAACUUCUUCAUUGUUUAUAUUUAAUCCAUUUUAUUUUUCUAUAUAUAUAGCUUCUUAGUAUUUUUUUUCAAUUAAACUAAGUUUAUUUUUCCAUUAAUUUUCCCUGUUAACUUAUUCAGCUUAAACUUAUAAACACAAAUCAUUUUUUUUUUAAAUUUUUGCAAUUUCAUUUUCUAAUAAUUGCUAUUAAUGCAAACUCUAGGGCAUUCUGAGGUCAUUCACUAUAUAAAAGAUUUCUUUUCCUUUUAAAAAAUUUCUUUUUUUAUUUUCCUUUAUAUUGUAUUUUUCGACUCUUAUUUAUUCCUUUAAAGCUUCUAUUUGUUCCAAUAAUUAAUAAUAAGUACUUUAAUUAAUGUUUGUUUAUCUUUUUUCUAAAUUAAACAAUUCCUUAUUUUAUUAUUUGAUAAUGGAAUCAUUAUUUUCUAUUUCUUUUUAGGCUAUUUAUAUUUAUUCUUAUAUUAUUUGGGAAUUAUUUUAUAUUUUUGGAAGUUUUUAUUUUUCUUUUAAAAUACUAUAAGGUUUACAUUUUUAGAUUUUUAAAUUAAUUUAAUUGUUUAAAUCUUUCAUUUAUUAUCUUAAAUAUUAACUUUAUUUUAGUAAUAUUUUAAUAUUAUUAUUGUCAUUUGUAUUAUUAUUUAUUGCAUUUUCAUAUCUUUUUACUUUUAUUUUUUAUUUUAUGGAAAUUCUUUUUUUUUUAUUAUACCAAAACUUUCAACAGGAGAAACAAUGUUUCGUUUUUAAUAAAAUUAUGAUGUAUUUUUUUAUGAUUUUGAUAUUUUGAUUUCAUUAUUUUCAAUUUUAUUACCUUUUAUUUUAAAUUAAUUAUUAUUAUUGUAUUAUGUAGAUUUUUUAUUUUAAUAUACUUAUAUAAAAAGAAAUGUUUUUUAUAGAUUAGAGAGAAUUAUUAAUUGA